CACUGAUGCUGCCGCCUUCGGUCGGGAUCACGACGACACACAAGCUGCCGCGGAAGCUCCGCCAGCAGCGCCAGCGCCAGAAGGCCCAGGCCGCGCACGAGGCCAAGACCGACAUCGAAGCUUACAUCGAGCGUGAAGUCAAGCGCCGGACGGCAGCGAUCGAAGCCGAGGCGCGACGCAAGAUCGAGCGCCUCCACUUGGCCUACGAUCUGCACGUCAACAGCGAGAUCGAGCGCUAUUUGGAGACGUACGUGGCCGGCUCGCCGCGCGCCAGCGACGUCAAGAAGAAGCGCAAGAGCAAUGUCCUCUCGCAGCUCUUCGCCAAGCACGAGGCGGACGAGCCGCGCCAGAUUUCCGAUCUCGACCGCUUCCGCGCCUACCUCAGGGGCAAGUCGGUGCGUCUCGCCGCGGACCUCCGCCAUGCCGACGAAGCGCUGGCCACAGCCACGGACCCGACGGUCAGCGAACUCAUCGAGACGAUCGAGAAACUCCGUGUGCUCGUGCUCAAGCAAGACGAGCAGCUCGAGCAGGCGCAGUACCUCCUCCAAAUUGCACUCGCCAAGGUCGAGAGCUCGGACGAUAUCGUUCUCGGUCUGGACCAUGAGCUUGGGUGCAUGGAGAACCGGCUCGAACGCGCGUCCACGCAGGUCCAGGUGCUCCGGCGGUCCCAGCGUGCGACGCACCGCGUCGGGACGGUCUAGGCGCUUCUUUGUGUAAUUCUAUUUAUUGU